AGCACAGGCUUGGAAUCAGAUGCCUGCGGCCGUGCCAUGCCAGGAGAAGCUGUCCUUUCCCGAGAGCCGCUCGCGACGGGGGCAGGGAAAGAAGAUGACUUCUGCCAAGAAACUGCCUUCAAGUCCGUACACUGAGCAAAACCGAUCUCCUCAUCUGCCUCUCUGCACAAAUCCUGGCAAUCCGGUGUUUUCCUGUAUGCUGGACCCCAAAAGAGUCAUGACCAAUGGUUCUUUGACAAAGCCUCAGGUUUUACUGUUUAAAACAACUUCAAGUGAGUAUGGUGCUAUACCACCUAUCUCACAGAUGGUACCCUGUACUUAUCACCCAGUGGAUCAAACCUUUUCAAAACACUUACUCACUUGUGGAUCAUUUCAAGAUAGUUAUUUAAACACUGCCAUUGACAGAAGUAGGGUAUAUGACUACCCCAAUUUACAGCAUACUCUGUAAAAAUGCAUCUCCAUCUUUUUGUCACAGACUUAGACUAGAAACUUAGCUUUAAGAAAACAAAUCUGACUGUUACUUCAGUCAUUCUGGGAAUAACUGUCAAUAUCUGAUUUAUUUGGGGUUUGCUGGGUUGAAUAAGAUGUAUCAAAAAGGAUGUAGCCCAUUUGAUGAUACACUUCUCUCAAUCAGACCUAAACCCAUAAAAAUAAAACUGUCGAAACUGGUAUCAUAAAUGUGGAACUCUAAUUUUAUAGAAAGAGUUAAGUGCAGAAGACAUUGACCUGAAGGUUUCUUUGUUUUAAUUAAAGUAUUUUCUGGUUUUAAAACUUAAAAGUCAGUCUCCACAUUCCUACAUCUCAGGCCACUAAUACCAACAUAAUGCAUAUAUGACUUCGAUAUGGUAUACGCACCGUCAGCUCAGGUAUUGAAGUCAGAAGUUUAAUAUCCAUUUGCUCCCAAUAAAAUCAGAUGAAACAGGCAGAUAUUUUUCACGCUACCAAGCACAUUCGCUUCCCUAACCUUUAAAGAGGGCACCAUUUCUAUUUCAUAGCAGUAGAAAAAGGUGCCUGUCUACAUCAAAAAUAGCCUUGAGCAGCUAUAACAAAUCACUACCAUACAAACAGCCUAUACAGAUUGUUCUAACAGGCUCUGGAACUAAAACAGAAACUGAGGAACUUAGCACCAGCGUCUGCCUCUUUGCAUUUUCUUUUUCCCACGGCCAGUGUCUCUCCUCCUUAGCCCCCACCUCCCCUCAGAAAAUAGCCGUAUUUUGGCAAGUAUAC